GAUUUAUAUUGAUUUCAUAAGUUCUAUUUACAGAAGUAGAUGAAGUGACGCGCCAGAUGGAAGAGUUUGAACUCCGGAAGGCUGCUGCCCGGGCGGUCACUGGAGUACUGGCUUCUCAUCCAAACAGCACAGAUGUUCACAUUAUUAACAUGUCGCUGACCUUUCAUGGCCAGGAGCUUCUGAAUGACACCACCGUGGAACUCAAUUCGGGAAGGAGAUAUGGGCUGAUUGGCCUCAAUGGAACCGGUGAGGAAGUAGAGCAAAGUGCUUUGGUUUCUGAAGUCUAGUGGCAAAGUAACAGCACUAAUUUGGGCAGGUUAUGAAUUAAGACAGAAUAGUAAGAGUGAAAAGUGAACUGACAGAUGCACCAAGUCAAGGAAUUGUUGGGAAACAGAAGGAAACUGGCUGGUCUUGCACCCCAAAGAGAGUUGUCAGGAUGAGUAGUAUCAUGGAGAGCUUUGUGAUGGAUAUUACUAGAAUGAGCUGGGUGUUGCCUGUUUGUUUUGGAUGGGGCAGGGUAAGUAACGUCUGCUCCAUUUUGCCGUCUUUUUAUUUCUUCUCCAGGGAAAUCGAUGCUGCUUUCAGCCAUUGGAGCAAGAGAAGUGCCAAUUCCAGAGCACAUUGAUAUCUAUCAUUUAACACGGGAGAUGCCACCCAGUGAGAAGACUGCUCUGCAGUGUGUGAUGGAGGUGGACACUGAGAGGAGCAUGUUGGAGAAGGAGGCAGAGAGACUAGCGCAUGAGGAUGGUGAGAUGAGACUCUGGUGUGUGGGCUAUGUACAACAGUGUGCUGGUGGCAAAUCCUAAUUAUCUGGUGAGAAAGGGAUUUGCAUUGUUCCUUGAUUGGCUUUUGGACUUCAAAAUGAUGAGGAUUUCUACAUUUACUUUUAUUUUUCACACCUCUCACAUAUCUAUUUGUUAAAUAUAGGUGUAAAUAAACAUAAUAUUGAAACCCCAGGGAAGUCACCGUCCACUCUUUAAAUAGACCGUAUCCAUAAAACGCGAGCAGACUAAUGGUGGUCAACCAACUUCCCGUGUUCUGUAAAUAGCUCUUUAAUAACGCAGAGACUAUCCUUGGUGUUUGGGUAAAGGCUGUAACAUAUUGUCUACAUGUAGCUUGUUAUGAAUGAACUGAUGCUAUAGCCAGAUAUCCCUUUAUAUCAUGUAACAUGUUUCCUAUACAGCCGAGUGUGAGAAAUUGCUUGAGAUCUAUGAACGCCUGGAAGAGUUGGACGCUGCCAAGGCAGAGGUCAGAGCGUCCCGCAUCCUUCAUGGCCUGGGAUUCUCCCCCGCUAUGCAACGCAAGAUGCUAAAGGAUUUUAGUGGUGGCUGGCGGAUGCGUGUAGCUCUUGCCAGGUGAGAUAGAUAGAUAUAUAUAUAUAUAUAUACCUUGCAGUAGCGCACACACACAGGUCUCGGGGUUACUGAGUGUUAUUGUUAUGUUUGUUCCAGAGCCCUUUUUAUCCGACCAUUCAUGUUACUACUUGAUGAACCCACAAAUCACCUUGAUCUGGAAGCCUGUGUGUGGUUGGAGGAAGAGCUCAAAUCGUAAGUUGGAAAUCUUGCCAGUGUUGCUGUGCCUGUCUCUCUUGCUUUCUCUUACUGGUUGCACUUCACAAUCUUUGCUUCUCUCUUGGUUCUGAUUUUUCUUCUUAUUCUCUUUGCAGUUUUCGUCGGAUCCUGGUCCUGAUCUCUCACUCCCAGGACUUCCUGAAUGGAGUGUGUACAAACAUUAUUCACCUACACAACCGCAAGCUGAAAUACUACACAGUAAGUAUCUCUCACAGAUGCACUGCUACAUGUUUCUAUGCUCAGAACCAGGGCUCGAAGGCCUAUGCUACUAGCCACUGCAUAGCACACCAGGAAUGUAUUUCUACUCUUAAGGCUAUAUUUCCACUUACCAAAGGCCAGUUUAUCCCAGGUCAGAAAAAUUCAAAUCUGUCAUUUUAAGAGUUUAAUUGCUGGAAACUGAGCCUGAGUUCAUAGUGAUGUAGUACGGUUGGCAAAAGGCACAAACAAAUGAAAAGCAAAAAGAAUGCCUAACUAAACAACGUCCAUUCUGUUUCAAGGGGUAAUGUUGAGCGAUAGGCCAUAUACCCUGCAUCUCCAUUAUCGUAGAAGGUGAUAUGUGGUCUGUAACGAGUCCUUCUGUCCCAUUAGGGCAAUUAUGAUCAGUAUGUAAAAACUCGUCUGGAGCUGGAAGAGAAUCAAAUGAAAAGGUUCAACUGGGAACAGGAUCAGAUUGCUCACAUGAAGGUAAGCUGACCAUCUCUACGUAGAUCGAAGCGUAAUGGUUAAAUCCAGCUUCUUGCACAAUGUCUGAACUGUCAGUGAACCGUGAGGAAUCAUGUUUUCAUAUGAGAAGGAAGAGGCAUGGUUUUGGGAAGGUUGUACUGGCAUAAGCUUGGCUAUAACUAGGGAUAACACCAAAUUGUGGUAUGUAUGAUAAAGCUUUGAAAGCUGUUUUUUGGGUGGGGAGAGACCAUGGUGAUGUGAAUGAUGGGCACAUGGAGAGUCUGGUUUAUUAAGAUGGUUGUGAAUGACUUGUGGCAGGGUGAUUGGUUUUACACACAACUUCGACUAUGGUUUAUUGUAGUUCGAUUAGUAUAUCCUCUUUUAAUAUCACUUCUGCAGAACUACAUUGCACGGUUUGGUCAUGGCAGUGCCAAGUUAGCCCGUCAAGCACAGAGCAAAGAGAAAACUUUGCAGAAAAUGAUGUCAUCUGGACUAACUGAAAGAGUGGUCAGCGAUAAGGUGAGGUCACUGUGAUGCCACUGAUGCAUUAUCCGAUAAGUGGAUAUAUUUUUCAGGGAUUUUUUGGGCCAGGGGGUGUUUACCAGCGUGGUUGUGUCUGUCGUGGCCCUUCAGGAAACCAUAGUCUCUGUCCCUCAGUUUCUAGUUCUGCCCCAUUGUCUCUGUCCCUCAGUUUCUAGUUCUGCCGGUCUUUUCCUCCUUCCUAUAGUUCAUUCACUUUGUUUCUGUUUCAGACGCUCUCGUUCUUUUUCCCGUCCUGUGGAAAAAUACCUCCUCCAGUUAUCAUGGUGCAGAAUGUCAGCUUCCGUUACAAUACCGAUGGGGUAAGAUUGGGGGAUAUAAUUUCAGUGGUUCUCUCUUUGCAGAUAUUAUUAAAGUCUCACCAAACAAUCUUAUCUUACACCUUGACCGUAGCCCCUCAUAUACAAGAACCUGGAGUUUGGGAUUGAUCUGGACACGCGUGUGGCCCUCGUAGGACCCAAUGGAGCUGGAAAAUCCACUUUACUAAAACUACUGACUGGAGAGGUAAGCUGAGUGAAUUAUCCAACUCUGUGUAGGAGACAUGAUUCUGAUCUUACUAUCCACGAGUGCUGCUGUUUUAUCCAUUCUCAUAACUUUUCUCUUUCCAGCUACUGCCAUCCGACGGAAUGAUCCGGAAACAUUCUCACGUGAAGAUUGGACGUUACCAUCAGCACCUGACAGAACAGCUUGACCUAGAUCUUUCUCCUCUGGAAUAUAUGAUGAAGUGUUAUCCUGAAAUAAAGGAGAAGGAGGAGAUGAGGAAGAUCAUUGGGAGAUAUGGAUUGACUGGGAAACAGCAGGUAAAUUGGGAAUUGCCUACCUCAUUGACAACAAACCUCUCCCAUAAUUAAACCUGACUUUAAACUCCGGACACAAAGCGUUUCAGCUUGCUGGAGUCUGCCUUAUUUGUAACCGUUUUAAACGGUCCACAUUUCAGUAUAAGUCGCCUCCUUGGCUGUCACAAACAAUCACUGACAGCUGAAACGUUUUCUUCCACACAGCUGGUCUGCAGCUUUUAAAAGAUGCUUCUUCAUAUAUCCCUAAAGAAAAUAUGCAGAAAAUUGAAUUGCAUGUUUUCUUAGGGGUGUAUCUGUUAAAUUGUAAGUAAAAAGAAUCCUAGAUCUUUCCUUCUUUGUACGGCUCUUCCCUGUGUCCUCCAUACUUGCCUGCUUAUACAGCUGCCUGCACUCCAAGUAGUGCUUUACUCCAAGCCCCACGGCCAUUGGAACGCUGACAUCUGAUGUCGCUGCCGGAGGUAUAUAUGUCUGUAGUAGCAGUCCAGAACAAGAGCCCCGAGCUAGCUAACAAAAUCAUUGGAUGUCAGCUCUUGAGUGGCCUACAUUCCACCCUCAGCCAAUAACACCCCCACCCUUGCAGUAUCACAGGAGGAGGCUCGUGGCUGCAUGGAGAGCAUUGCCUCGGUGUUUAUUAUUUAAUUUUACUAUAUAUCAGAGGCUUAUUCCAACCUAAUAUUUUUUGUUUUGUUUAUUUUGAUUAUAGUAACCUUUGGAUGCAAAGUUUGGGGAGUCCCUAACCUUUUCCAUGUUAGCACAUACUGAGGGUCACACUUCUAGUCCAUUUGUACAAGUCUGGUGUUAUCCUAUUAGAUUGAUCCUCUGUAAAACUAUUACCCUUAUUGUAUCAUCCAAUGCUACUUAAUAUUUAGACCAGUCCCCAGAGCCUUAUUAAAACCAGAUUUCUAGGUAACCCCCCCCCCCCCAAAACUUAUUAUUCCUGUAUUGUUAAUCUAUCCCAACAAAUUGCUUUAGGAACCACAAAUACAGUAAACAAUGCGUUCAGAAAUUGUAAAUAUUGGUUUCCUACAUCUGAUUGGAUUCCGUAUUAAAGGAACAGAUCAAGCACUACAAUACAAGCUGAUUCCUCUCCUGAAACUCAUCAAAGCAAAACACUAAGCCCUCCGUGAAAACUAUCCUAGCAACCUACUUUACCCCACUCCCUCUAACAUGUAAACUCACUGAGCAGGCCCUCAAUCCCUCUGUUACUGUGUCACUAUACCCCACUCCCUCUAGAAUGUAAACUCACUGAGCAGGGCCCUCAAUCUCUCUGUUACUGUCACUAUACCCCACUCCCUCUAACAUGUAAACUCACUGAGCAGGACCCUCAAUCCCUCUGUUACUGUGUCACUAUACCCCACUCCCUCUAACAUGUAAACUCACUGAGCAGGGCCCUCAAUCCCUCUGUUACUGUGUCACUAUACCCCACUCCCUCUAACAUGUAAACUCACUGAGCAGGGCCCUCAAUCCCUCUGUUACUGUGUCACUAUACCCCACUCCCUCUAACAUGUAAACUCACUGAGCAGGGCCCUCAAUCCCUCUGUUACUGGGUCACUAUACCCCACUCCCUCUAACAUGUAAACUCACUGAGCAGGCCCUCAAUCCCUCUGUUACUGUGUCACUAUACCCCACUCCCUCUAACAUGUAAACUCACUGAGCAGGGCCCUCAAUCCCUCUGUUACUGUGUCACUAUACCCCACUCCCUCUAACAUGUAAACUCACUGAGCAGGCCCUCAAUCCCUCUGUUACUGUGUCACUAUACCCCACUCCCUCUAACAUGUAAGCUCACUGAGCAGGCCCUCAAUCCCUCUGUUACUGUGUCACUAUACCCCACUCCCUCUAACAUGUAAACUCACUGAGCGGGGCCCUCAAUCCCUCUGUUACUGUGUCACUAUACCCCACUCCCUCUAACAUGUAAACUCACUGAGCAGGCCCUCAAUCCCUCUGUUACUGUGUCACUAUACCCCACUCCUCUAAUGUAAGCUCACUGAGCAGGCCCUCAAUCCCUCUGUUACUGUGUCACUAUACCCCACUCCCUCUAACAUGUAAACUCACUGAGCAGGCCCUCAAUCCCUCUGUUACUGUGUCACUAUACCCCACUCCCUCUAACAUGUAAACUCACUGAGCAGGGCCCUCAAUCCCUCUGUUACUGUGUCACUAUACCCCACUCCCUCUAACAUGUAAACUCACUGAGCAGGGCCUCAAUCCCUCUGUUACUGUGUCACUAUACCCCACUCCCUCUAACAUGUAAACUCACUGAGCAGGCCCUCAAUCCCUCUGUUACUGUGUCACUAUACCCCACUCCCUCUAACAUGUAAACUCACUGAGCAGAGCCCUCAAUCCCUCUGUUACUGUGUCACUAUACCCCACUCCCUCUAACAUGUAAACUCACUGAGCAGGGCCCUCAAUCCCUCUGUUACUGUGUCACUAUACCCCACUCCCUCUAACAUGUAAACUCACUGAGCAGGGCCCUCAAUCCCUCUGUUACUGUGUCACUAUACCCCACUCCCUCUAACAUGUAAACUCACUGAGCAGGGCCCUCAAUCCCUCUGUUACUGGGUCACUAUACCCCACUCCCUCUAACAUGUAAACUCACUGAGCAGGCCCUCAAUCCCUCUGUUACUGUGUCACUAUACCCCACUCCCUCUAACAUGUAAACUCACUGAGCAGGGCCCUCAAUCCCUCUGUUACUGUGUCACUAUACCCCACCCCCUCUCUAACAUGUAAACUCACUGAGCAGGCCCUCAAUCCCUCUGUUACUGAGUCACUAUACCCCACUCCCUCUAACAUGUAAACUCACUGAGCAGGCCCUCAAUCCCUCUGUUACUGUGUCACUAUACCCCACUCCCUCUAACAUGUAAACUCACUGAGCAGACCCUCAAUCCCUCUGUUACUGUGUCACUAUACCCCACUCCCUCUAACAUGUAAACUCACUGAGCAGGCCCUCAAUCCCUCUGUUACUGUGUCACUAUACCCCACUCCCUCUAACAUGUAAACUCACUGAGCAGGGCCCUCAAUCCCUCUGUUACUGUGUCACUAUACCCCACUCCCUCUAACAUGUAAACUCACUGAGCAGGGCCCUCAAUCCCUCUGUUACUGUCACUAUACCCCACUCCCUCUAACAUGUAAACUCACUGAGCAGGGCCCUCAAUCCCUCUGUUACUGUGUCACUAUACCCCACUCCCUCUAACAUGUAAACUCACUGAGCAGGGCCUCAAUCCCUCUGUUACUGUGUCACUAUACCCCACUCCCUCUAACAUGUAAACUCACUGAGCAGGCCCUCAAUCCCUCUGUUACUGUGUCACUAUACCCCACUCCCUCUAACAUGUAAACUCACUGAGCAGGGCCCUCAAUCCCUCUGUUACUGUGUCACUAUACCCCACUCCCUCUAACAUGUAAACUCACUGAGCAGGGCCCUCAAUCCCUCUGUUACUGUGUCACUAUACCCCACUCCCUCUAACAUGUAAACUCACUGAGCAGGCCCUCAAUCCCUCUGUUACUGUGUCACUAUACCCCACUCCCUCUAACAUGUAAACUCACUGAGCAGGGCCCUCAAUCCCUCUGUUACUGUGUCACUAUACCCCACUCCCUCUAACAUGUAAACUCACUGAGCAGGGCCCUCAAUCCCUCUGUUACUGUGUCACUAUACCCCACUCCCUCUAACAUGUAAACUCACUGAGCAGGGCCCUCAAUCCCUCUGUUACUGUGUCACUAUACCCCACUCCCUCUAACAUGUAAACUCACUGAGCAGGGCCCUCAAUCCCUCUGUUACUGUGUCACUAUACCCCACUCCCUCUAACAUGUAAACUCACUGAGCAGGCCCUCAAUCCCUCUGUUACUGUGUCACUAUACCCCACUCCCUCUAACAUGUAAACUCACUGAGCAGGGCCCUCAAUCCCUCUGUUACUGUGUCACUAUACCCCACUCCCUCUAACAUGUAAACUCACUGAGCAGGGCCCUCAAUCCCUCUGUUACUGUGUCACUAUACCCCACUCCCUCUAACAUGUAAACUCACUGAGCAGGCCCUCAAUCCCUCUGUUCCCGUGCGUCAAACUUGUCUGGUUACAAAUACGUGUCUGUUAGUCCACCCAUUGUACUGCGCUACAGAACAUAUUGGUGCUUUAUAUAUAAUACGCUGUGCCCUGGCGUGCCAUUCUCCCCAAGUCUGUUUGCUAACAGUUUGACAAUGUAACGGAGCUCCAUGUUUCCCUGGCCGGGUACAUCCCCCAAGGACUGCUUCCUAACUGGAACAGUGGACAAACCGCAUCACUUCUGCACACAGUCACCGUGGCUUGACUGGGGCCUGGCACCGCUCCUUCCUGGAUCCGAAUGGGAAAUUCGCUCUAGACACCCCCAGGCACUGGACGACACUCAGUCCUGGCAGCUCUACAUGGACUUUCCCCGUUGAAACAGCAGACACAGGAGUAAAUCUUCUUCCCCUCCAAUAACAGGAUGACACACAGUUUUGGAGUGCAAGCUGGAAUGCUUUAAUGGCAGCCACAACUGGCCUUAUAUGCACUCCCCUCUGGACCUUGUGGGGGACUGCAGCACAAAGUCACAGACCAAUGACAAAGGUGUUUAAAUACAUGACACUCCAGCAUACAAUCCCUCCCCUCUGCCUGGGAGAUAAUUGGAUCAGUAACUGUACUAAUUCUAAUCCAAUUAUCUCCAAGCACAGAAAAAAAAAACUUUUUCAAAAGUACCCUAAAAAUGGUCCAAAGCCCAAAACAGUUCCAGGAAAAUCAGUGCUAAGUCGGUCAAGCUUGGUAGUCUUUUACAGGUUUCUCUGCAGGGCACAUAGUCUGUGUGCAAGCAGGCUCCUUCAGGAGCUCGUGGCAAACUCACUUGGAGAGGGGAGUUUGUCACAGACAACUUACCCGAUGUCGUCCAUGGUGCCACACCCUGCCCAAAUCUUUCCAUGCAUAGCCAGCAGAUUGGCUGAAAGUGCUUUACUUGGCACAAUGUUGAGAGAUUCUGGUUCUCAUGGAGAGUUUAACCAGCCUGGUGGCACCCAGGUAAAUUGGUUAACGGUUUCGCUACUUAGGGGAAUGUCAGGGCAAUCUUGGUGCCAUAAACAGUACACUACAAUGGUUCCUUAAUCACUUAAUUUGCCUUCAUCACUUUCCAAUCCUUAGCUCUUUCUUUUGAGGUAAUCUAUAUUUAUAUGAUUUGACAAUAUUAACACCUUCUCCUUUUUCCCCAUGCCUUACCUAGGUGAGUCCAAUCCGGAACCUGUCUGAUGGUCAGAAGUGUCGCGUUUGCUUUGCCUGGCUGGCCUGGCAAACCCCCCAUAUGCUUUUUCUUGACGAGCCCACCAAUCACUUGGACAUUGAGACAAUAGAUGCUCUUGCAGAUGCUAUUAAUGAGUUUGAAGGCGGAAUGAUGCUAGUUAGCCACGACUUCCGACUCAUACAGCAGGUGAGUUUAAAGAGUGAUACAACUUAACUCCUACACUGUGUUUAAAUCUUUAUGUUUACUAUUUCUAAUUUUACCCCCAAUAUCCAGGUUGCACAGGAGAUCUGGGUGUGUGAAAAGCAAGCUGUCACAAAGUGGACAGGAGAUAUUUUAUCCUACAAACUUCACCUGAAAGCUAGACUGAGUGAUGAUGAACCUUCGCGCAAGGGCAACUGAACCUACUGCCGGAGCAGAGAGAAGAUCCCAGUCCAUGCUUUCCCACAACACCCCCCAACUUGGAACUAAAGUCAAACACGUCUAAAUAAAGUCUGUGACAUAAGGAAAAUGAGCUAAACGUUUCUGUACGUUCUAAGGACGUCCAACCUUCAUUGGUUUAACAUGUGAGGAAGUUUAAUUGUCUGUGGUCAGCUGGCCGGGCAUUCUUUGCAGCUUCGGCAGGAUGUAUUACCCCUUAUGUUCUCUCCCUGUCAGACCUGACUUACAUCGAUAUCUCUAUUUUCUUUAUUUUUUUUUUUAAACAAAUUUAUUUAUCUGUAAUUCAGCGAGAGAAUAAAGGGAGAUACUGUACUGAA